AUGGCUCGAUUCGAAGAUGAUCUACCGACCCGCUGUGGAGGUGGGGGUACUCCAUCGGGUCCUGGGAGAGGGGCAAACCGGCAGGGAGGCCCCCCAGGCGGACCAAGAAUGUACAAGCAGACGAUGGCCCAAAGAGCUCGGACUAUGGCCAUAUAUAACCCCAUACCAGUCAAACAGAACUGUCUCACUGUCAACCGAUCCCUAUUCAUCUUUAGCGAAGAUAACAUCAUACGAAAAUAUGCAAAGAAAAUUACCGAAUGGCCUCCAUUUGAGUAUAUGAUUCUUGCCACCAUCAUAGCAAACUGCAUAGUCCUGGCUUUGGAGCAGCAUUUACCAGCCUCAGACAAGACGCCAAUGUCGGAGCGUCUGGAUGAUACGGAACCCUACUUCAUUGGAAUAUUUUGUUUUGAAGCCGGGAUUAAGAUCAUAGCCCUGGGGUUUGCGUUUCACAAAGGCUCUUAUCUCCGUAAUGGCUGGAACGUGAUGGAUUUUGUUGUUGUGUUGUCAGGGAUUCUGGCCACCGUGGGAGCGGACUUUGACUUACGGACGCUGAGGGCAGUGCGUGUCUUGCGGCCACUGAAACUGGUGUCUGGAAUUCCCAGUCUUCAGGUGGUGUUGAAGUCCAUCAUGAAAGCCAUGGUGCCCUUGCUUCAGAUCGGCCUCCUGCUCUUCUUUGCCAUCCUCAUGUUCGCCAUCAUUGGCCUGGACUUUUACAUGGGCAAAUUCCACCAGACAUGCUUCCGCAAUGACACAAGGGAGCUGAUUGGGGAGUUUCCCUGCGGUAAGGAGUCUCCGGCUCGGACGUGUGACAACGAUUCCGUGUGUGAUGAGUAUUGGAUCGGACCGAACUUUGGCAUCACCAACUUCGACAACAUCCUGUUUGCCGUGCUCACCGUCUUUCAGUGUAUCACCAUGGAAGGCUGGGUGGACAUCCUGUACAAUGCCAACGACGCCUCAGGGAACACCUGGAACUGGCUGUACUUUAUCCCUCUCAUCAUCAUUGGCUCCUUCUUCAUGCUUAACCUGGUUUUGGGUGUUCUGUCAGGAGAGUUUGCUAAGGAGCGUGAGCGGGUGGAGAAGCGGCAGGAGUUCCUGAAACUGCGCAGACAGCAGCAGAUCGAGAGAGAGCUCACCGGUUACCUGGAGUGGAUCUGUAAGGCAGAGGAGGUCAUGUUAGCUGAAGAAGACAGGAACGCAGAAGAGAAGUCGCCUCUUGAUGGAGCGUGGUAUAGAAGGAAGUGCAACAAUCCAGUCUUGAAACGAGCCAAGAAAAGCAAGAACGACCUCAUCAAUGCAGAAGAGGGGGAGGAUCACUUCACAGACAUUUCGUCAGUUGCACCCCAAGGCUCUCCGUUCGCCCGGGCCAGCGUGAAAAGCAGCAAGAACGAGAGCUCGUCGUACUUCCGACGGAAAGAGAAGAGGAUACGCUUCUUCAUCCGUCGCAUGGUGAAGGCCCAGAGCUUCUACUGGACGGUGUUGUGUCUGGUGGGACUUAACACGAUGUGCGUGGCCAUAGUCCAUUACGACCAGCCCGACUGGCUCACCAACGCCCUGUAUUUGGCAGAGUUUGUGUUCCUGGGCUUGUUUCUCAUAGAAAUGAGUCUUAAAAUGUAUGGACUGGGGCCCAGGAGCUAUUUCCACUCCUCCUUCAACUGCUUUGAUUUUGGGGUGAUUGUGGGAAGUAUUUUCGAAGUUAUUUGGGCUGCCAUUAAACCUGGAGCCUCGUUCGGCAUCAGUGUGUUACGAGCUCUCCGUUUACUGAGGAUCUUCAAGGUCACAAAGUACUGGAACUCUCUGAGGAACCUUGUGGUGUCUCUGCUUAACUCCAUGAAGUCCAUCAUCAGCCUGCUCUUCCUCCUCUUCCUCUUCAUCGUUGUGUUUGCUCUACUGGGUAUGCAGUUGUUCGGAGGACAGUUUAAUUUUGAAGAUGAAACUCCAACAACAAAUUUCGACACCUUUCCUGCUGCCAUACUCACUGUGUUCCAGAUACUUACAGGAGAAGACUGGAAUGAAGUCAUGUAUCGUGGGAUAGAGUCACACGGCGGCGUCAGAAAAGGAAUGUUCUCCUCUGUCUACUUCAUUGUUCUGACUCUGUUUGGGAACUACACCCUUCUCAAUGUCUUCUUAGCCAUCGCCGUCGACAACCUCGCUAACGCGCAGGAGCUCACCAAGGAUGAGGAAGAGCAGGAGGAGGCCAUCAGUAAAAGGCUGGCUCUCCAGAAGGCCAAGGAGGUGAAGGAGGUCAGCCCAAUGUCAGCGGCCAACAUUUCCCUCACGGCUUUUGCAAAGCAAAACCGAGGAGUGGUGUCUUCCAGCUCCUCUUUCUCUUCUCCUCUAUCCAGCAAAGAGCAGCAGCGGUCCCUGAAGAUGAUGUCGGUAUGGGAACAGCGUACGAACCAGAUCCGGAAGCACAUGCGGGCCAGCAGCGAAGCCCUGUAUGCGGAGGACCGGCCCGCUUGCGUCUCCUCCAACCUCCAUCUCCGCACCGAUGUCAAAACCCACUUAGAUCGCCCCCUGGUGGUUGAGCCACGCGACGGCCCGAUAAGGUCCCACAGCGGGUGGGACAAACCCAGGGAGGCGGGCACUCUUGAGGACGCGGAGACGCCCGUGGAAGCCCCGCCCCCCUCGUCGACCGCGACGGGCCACCCCCGCAAGCACCACCGUCGCCGCGAGCGACCGUCCGGAGACGCCCAGGAGAACAGCGAGAACGGGACGACCAGAGAGGGGCGCCAUCACGUGCAUCACAGCCGAAGCAAAGACCACGACGGAACAACGCGGUGCAAAGACGGAAAGAACGAGAGAAGCCGGAGCCGGGAGGGGGGCCGGAGACACCAUCACCAAAGCUCAGUGGACGAAGGAGGAGGAGGAGGAGGGGGCGGAGCUGUUACCGCGGAGAGGGAGCACAAGCAUCAUCACUCCCACCGACAGAGCCGGGAGGGCAACGGAGUGGUCAGCAGCGGCGGGAGCAGGGGGGAGAGGAGGUCGCGACACAAAGAGGGGUCAAGGUCAGGUACCAGGGAAGGGGAACGAGGGUCACAGGGAGAGAACGGGGGCAGCGGAGGUCGCAGAAGACACCGGCCUCGCAGCAGCAAAGCCCAGUCGACGCUAGAAGGAGGAGAGGAAGAACGGAGGGAAAACGGAGAGAGAGAAGAGACCAAGGGACACGGGCACAGGCAUAUGGAGUCAGAGGGGGACAGUUUGGCCAUCACGCCUCAGCAGGCUCCGGUGGGGAACAGGUGGGGUCUGGAUAAGGCGGAGGACUCGGACAACCAGCGCAACGUCAACCGAACGGGUCAGAUGGGCGUUCACAUCCCUGUCACCAUUACCUCUCCACCCGGAGACACGACCCUUAUACCCAUGAACAGUAUAGACAGUGAGACGGCGCCCAUGACAGAGGAGAAGAAGAACCUGGACGAGCUGAACCAGAGCCGCCCACGACCCAUCCUACCCUACAGCUCCAUGUUUAUCUUCAGCCAGACCAACCCGGUGAGGCGUUUGUGUCAUUACAUUGUGAGUCUGCGAUACUUUGAGAUGUGUAUCCUGGUCGUCAUAGCGAUGAGCAGCAUCACUUUAGCUGCAGAGGACCCUGUCCACGCUGAAGCCCAGCGCAAUAAAGUGCUGAAAUAUUUGGAUUAUGUCUUCACGGGUGUUUUCACUUUUGAGAUGGUGAUUAAGAUGGUCGACCUGGGCUUGCUGCUCCACCCUGGUUCCUAUUUCCGUGAUCUGUGGAACAUUUUGGACUUCAUUGUGGUCAGUGGCGCACUGGUGGCUUUUGCAUUCUCGAGCUUCAUGGGAUCUCAUGAAAAUGUGAACAGUCCAAAACGAGGAGGCAAAGGCAAAGACAUCAGUACCAUCAAGUCUCUCAGGGUCUUACGAGUGCUACGCCCUCUGAAAACCAUCAAACGGCUCCCAAAACUGAAGGCUGUAUUCGACUGUGUGGUGAACUCUCUGAAGAAUGUGCUGAACAUCCUCAUCGUCUACAUUCUCUUCAUGUUCAUCUUUGCCGUCAUUGCUGUCCAGCUCUUCAAGGGCAAGUUUUUUUACUGCACCGAUGAGUCUAAAAGACUGGAACACGACUGCAGGGGUCAGUUUCUGGAGUAUGAUAAGGAUGAUGAUGUGACAGCUCAGCCUCGUGAAUGGAAGAAAUACGAGUUUCACUAUGACAACGUGCUCUGGGCUUUUCUCACGCUUUUUACUGUGUCCACCGGAGAAGGGUGGCCAACGGUACUGAAGCAUUCUGUGGAUGCCACAUUUGAAGACCAGGGUCCCAGCCCAGGCUAUCGCAUCGAGAUGUCCAUCUUCUACGUCGUCUACUUCGUGGUCUUCCCCUUUUUCUUUGUUAACAUCUUUGUGGCUUUGAUCAUCAUUACUUUCCAAGAGCAGGGAGACAAAGCCCUGUCUGAGUGCAGCCUGGAGAAAAAUGAGAGAGCCUGCAUCGACUUUGCCAUCAACGCCAGGCCGCUAACACGCUACAUGCCUCAGAAUCAGCAGUCAUUCCAGUACAGGAUGUGGAAGUUUGUCGUUUCGCCGCCGUUCGAGUACUCUAUCAUGAUCAUGAUUGCGCUGAACACUGUCGUGCUAAUGAUGAAGUACUAUGAUGCACCAGACACAUACGAAGCCACGCUGAAGCACCUGAACAUCGUCUUUACAGCUCUGUUCUCUCUUGAAUGCAUCCUUAAAAUCAUUGCUUUUGGCCCGGUGAACUACCUGAAGGAUGCCUGGAAUGUAUUUGACUUUGUCACUGUGCUGGGGAGCAUCACCGAUAUCGUGGUGACAGAGAUUAAUGUGAGUGAGAGACUGGACCGUACGCUCAAUCUGAGUUUCCUGAGGUUAUUCCGGGCUGCGCGUCUCAUUAAGCUACUCCGACAGGGAUACACCAUCCGGAUCCUUCUCUGGACUUUUGUCCAGUCUUUUAAGGCCCUGCCGUACGUCUGUCUUUUGAUUGCCAUGCUGUUUUUCAUUUACGCCAUUAUAGGAAUGCAGGUGUUUGGGAACAUUGAGUUAAAUGAAGAAACUGCCAUUACACGUCACAACAACUUCCAGACUUUUCUGCAAGCAUUAAUGCUUCUCUUCAGGAGCGCCACAGGGGAGGCGUGGCAUGAGAUCAUGCUGUCGUGUUUGAGCCAACGAGCUUGCGACAAAGCCUCGGGCAUCGCCGGGACAAAGUGCGGCAGCGAUUUCGCCUACUUCUACUUCGUCUCUUUCAUUUUCCUCUGUUCCUUCCUGAUGUUAAAUCUAUUUGUUGCGGUCAUUAUGGACAAUUUUGAGUACCUGACCCGCGAUUCCUCUAUUCUGGGGCCUCAUCACCUGGACGAAUUCAUCCGCGUGUGGGCGGAGUACGACCCUGCGGCCUGUGGCCGUAUCAAGUACCUCGAUAUGUAUGAGAUGCUCCUACACGUGUCCCCACCUUUAGGUUUGGGGAAAAAAUGUCCGCCGAGAGUCGCCUACAAGCGACUGGUGAAAAUGAACAUGCCAAUCGCUGAUGACAACACCGUGCACUUUACGUCCACGCUUAUGGCCCUCAUCCGCACGGCGCUCGAGAUUAAAUUGGCGUCAGGUAUGGUGGCCCAGAGGUUGUCUGAUGCUGAACUGAAGAAAGAGCUGGCCACCGUUUGGCCAAACCUAUCCCAAAAGACCAUGGAUCUGCUGGUGACACCUCAUAAACCCAAUGAGCUCACUGUUGGGAAGGUGUAUGCAGCACUGAUGAUUUUUGACUACUACAAGCAGAACAGAGCUAAGAGACUCCAGCAGCAACAGCAGCAGCAAAAUCAGCAGGCAGGACCUGGGAGUCAGAACAAAGUUGGGGCACUUAUUGAACCCAUCCUUCCUCUGACCCACAUCCAGGACCAGCCCCCGAACAACACGGACUCCCCGUCCGAACCGCAAACCCAGACCAGACCCAGCUCCACUGCCCUGAACAAUGGCCGCACCCACCAAAGCACCGAUGGAGCGAUCAGAGCAUCUUCAUCUUGGGUCACAGAGAAGACCAAAGAGGAUCACAAGUCCAGAAGACGACCCAUCUCGAGGGGCCAGUCUGAGGAUGUCCCAAAUGCAAACACUGUCCAAGAAUCAGUUGAGAUGAAGAAAAUGGAACACAGUUCUCAUUCGGUGCCCUCUGCUGGUCUGGAGGGACAGGGCAGGGCAGUAUCCAUGCCAAAACUCAAUGCAGAGAUGCAGAGGAGUCACUCGCGUCACUCCCCUGGGACCAUGCUAGCACCUAUUCCUGAUACCAGCCCGAUGAGACGCUCUGCAUCCACAUUUGCCCCACAGCGCCCCCAGGAGGUCAACCUGCGUGACUACACUCUGGAGAAACCGGCCCAGGAACGACCUCACCACCAUCAUCACCACCAUCAUCAUCAUCGCUGUCACCACCGCAGAGAGAAGGACAAGAAACAGAGAUCACUGGACAGGUCGCCAAGUGGCCAGCCACCCGGCACUCUGGGCGACCUCGCGGGUGACCCCGCGACCCGGGAGAAGGCCCACCACGACAGGGGUCGUUCUCACGAGAGAAAGCACCAUUCGUCUUCUGCGGAGAAGCAGCGCUACUACUCGUGCGAUCGCUACGGCAGCCGUGAGCACUGCCACGGCAAGUCCGCCACGACCAGCUGUGCCACGUCGCCCAGUGGCGGUCAGGACGCCGGUUUCAACAAACAGGGCAGUGGUUCGGCUAAAGGGAGCUUGUUGACCUUGACCUCAGGGGCAAGCACUCCGAGCCGUGGUCGCCGGCAGCUGCCCCAGACGCCUUUGACCCCUCGACCCUCCGUGGCCUACCGGACCACCAACUCCUCCCCCGUGGGUUUUCUGGACGCCCUGCUGCCGCCUCAGAGCCCCAGCCCGGGACGGCUGAGCCGUGGCCUGUCCGAACAUAACGGGCUCCUCCACAGUGGCUCCCCGUCCCCCUCCCCAGUCACUCGGAUAAGCUCGGAGCCUUUCCUGAGCCCCCCUUACUGCGGCCCCCCCCACGAGGCCCUCCUUGUCUUCCAGGAACCUUCUGCUGUCCCCUGGACCACGGGGCCAGUCGCCACUGCCCCCCAACCUCCUCCACAGUUACUGGUCGGCCCCAGGAGAGGCAGAGUGACUCUGCCCAAUGGGUACCACUUCACGGGGGGCACCGCCGUCACACCCACGCCUUUCUCCCCCCAACACCACCACCAGGCGGGGCCCAGUGCUGCCGGCAGGGUGCCGAGAUACUACCCAGAGACAGAGGAAAACGAAUGGUGCUAG